AUGUCAGCAUCAGCUAGUAAAGUUAAUAGUAUUGCAGAAAUCUUCCCAAACCACAGGAGAGAUACUAUUGAAGCUCUCUUGAAGGAAUUAGAUGGUGAUGUUGAUGCAACAAUCGCGAUUUUACUUGACACACCAGAAAACACUCCACCACCACCAGAAUCUAGCAAACCACCAAGUCACGCAUCUGCAAAAUCAUCAUCUACUACUUCUACUCAUCAUCAUCACACUGGAAGCCACACUGCGGCUAAACCAGCACAAUCUCAUCACUCCUCAAGAAAGCAAUCACAUGUACCUAAGUUAGAUCACAUUUUUGAUGAUGAUUUCUUAAGAUGGCCAGAUGAUGCUGAAGUAGUUCGUGUUUCUCAUGAUGGAAGAACUUCUCCAUAUCCAGAUGACAUUACAUCCACAGUUGAUUUACCAGUUUCAACAGAUUCAGUAUCGAAUGCAGAUUCCACAGCUUUAGGAGCAGAUACUGCUUACCAAACAUCAGGAACUAUUCCUGUUUAUCCAAAGUCAGGUUCUCAAUAUGCCGAACAAGAAGAUUAUCUUUUACCAAGUAUUGGAGUUGAUGCAAAUCUUAUUCCUGGUGUGGAUGCUGAUUCAAAGCAGACUGCAAGCUGGUGGGAUAAUUUCAAGGCAAGAUUCUCAAAGAAGAAAGGAAAUCAUUAUCAAAGUCUAAACUAA